AGCAGGUCAAUGAAUUGACAGAGCCCAGAGCUCAGGCAGCUGUGAGAGCUGGAAGUCAGAGUAGAGGAUCUGCUGCUGCAUUCUUCUAGUGGGAGAUCUGAUCUUUGGAGGACCCUGGGAGGGAAAGCAUCACAUCCUGCACUGUAUAUGUGGCCCUGAACAUUUACUAUGGUAGCUGCCCAAGGAACAUUGUUACUCUAGGACUGGAAGAAAAAAUGGAGAUUGAAGAAAAGACGUAGGAACAAAGAAUAGCUCUGGAACAAGUAGAACAGCAGAUGGAAAUACAGUACGUAUACGGAAGCUAUUAGCACUAUAAUUGCUGUCUGUCACUAUGACAACAAGCCGCUGCAGUCACCUGCCUGAGGUCUUACCAGACUGCACUAGCUCAGCACCCUCUGGAAAGACAGUGGAAGAUUGUAGCAGUCUUGUGAAUGGACAGCCACAGUAUGUCAUGCAAGUUUCAGCAAAAGACGGUCAGCUGCUGUCUACAGUAGUACGGACUCUGACCACACAGAGCACUUUCAAUGACCGGCCAAUGUGCAGAAUAUGCCAUGAAGGAAGUAACCAAGAAGAUCUUCUUUCUCCAUGUGAAUGUACUGGAACAUUAGGGACAAUACACCGCAGCUGCCUGGAGCACUGGCUUUCAUCAUCCAACACCAGCUACUGUGAACUCUGUCACUUCAGGUUCUCUGUGGAACGCAAGCCUAGACCUUUAGUGGAGUGGUUACGGAAUCCUGGCCCCCAACAUGAGAAGAGAACGUUGUUUGGAGACAUGGUUUGCUUCCUGUUCAUAACCCCACUUGCCACCAUCUCUGGGUGGUUGUGUCUUAGAGGAGCCGUGGAUCAUCUGCACUUCAGUAGCCGACUAGAAGCAGUUGGACUUAUUGCACUCACAGUUGCACUCUUUACAAUUUACCUCUUUUGGACACUUGUGAGUAUUGUGUCAUUUAGAUACCACUGUAGAUUAUACAAUGAAUGGCGUCGGACCAAUCAGAGGGUUAUUCUGGUGAUCCCAAAAUCGAUCAAUUUACCUUCCAAUCAGCAGUCGUUGCUGGGCCUGCACUCUCUCAAACGGAAUUCUAAAGAGACCAUAGUGUGACAGUGACUUAAGAGGGACUUGUCUAGCAGCCACACACACUGUAGCACUAUAAAUCUCCCUCUCUUUUCUCACUUGGACUUCAUUCAGAGACUGUUAACCCCUAACUUGGACAUCUUCAUUUCUUGGAGCAACAGAAUCCAGUUUUAAUUUAAAAUGAUGAAUGCUGCAAUUAUGUAUUUGCUAACUUGCCAAACUUGUUUAUUUAGCCGGUGGCAUCUUGCAUACAAGUCGCUAAUACAGCAGCCAUUAACCUCCUAUUUUGUUAUAUUAUGACAUUAAAAUUGACAAUACGCAAUUGUAUUUUUUUUUUUUUAAGUCCUCCUUAUUGCAGUUUAAGGCACGAUGUAAUGAUUACCUAUCUCUUCAUAACAAUGGAGGCAGUCAUUUAAGAAAUUAAACUAAUAAUCACGCCAAUGUUAUAUGUCAUAUUAAUAAGAACAAAUGACAUAAUGAUAGCAUGGGGUGUUUUCAGUGUCAUACCUCAUCAAUGUCACUUUGUGCGUACAAAAGAGCUGUCUCCAUUUUUUUUUAUAAAAGGCAGGUAAACAUUACAAAUGUUAAAGUGAAGGCGUAGAAUUUAGCACAAUAUUUUUCUCCAGUGAUGUACUUUUCUUGAAAUUAUAUUAUGCAGCCAUUUUUAUUUUUAUUUUUCUUCUGUUUUCAACACAUUUUGUAUAAAUAUAUUUAUGGUUUCUAAGCUAUUUUUUUAAAACAAGUAUUUUUUCCAAGCCUGGCAUUUACAGGAUCGAUACGCCAAGAGGAUGUACCUGAUUGUAACACUGAAUAAUGUCAGCUCCGUCUACACAUUACAUGAUGGUGGUGCUGAAAGCGAGGAUCUUGCUUCUGAUCGGAUGGCGUUCAGCAUAAGCUUUUGUUCCUACAAGACGCAGAGAGACAUUCUUAGCCUGAAGUCCACCCAUUUAACCCUUUCACUACUGGAAUAUUUUAAAUAUGCCAUUAGACUUCAACGGGAGAUGGCUAGCAGAGGAAAUAAACUUCAAUAAUUUUUAAACAAUUUCACAUAUACCUUAUGAGUUAUUAUAAAAUUAUAAAAUUGUGCAUUAUUUAAGUAAUAAAUACUAUAAAUUCUU